AUGUUCCUCGCGGCAACUGCCGCCGGCGUGGCGCGGGUGGUGCGCGAGGUGGAGCCGCUGCAGCAGCACCUCUACGAGGUUAUACGCGAGGGGGCGCCAUGCCACUUGUACCUCGACGUUGAGCGGGAGCGGGACUACUCCGCCUGGCGUCCCGUCGUCGAGAUACCCGACAGUAACAGCAGUGGCGAUGAUAGCGGCGGCAGCGACGAGGCAGGUGGGAAUGGAAGCAGCGUCACGUAUGAGUGCCGCAACGUGUCAGAGUACAAGGCGGCGCUUGCCACAGCGAUGUGGCGGCCCCAGCGUUGCUGUGCGUGGGACUGCGAUCUGCACGCCGACAACAGCGCCACGACGGCUGUGCUCCUUGCAGAGCUGCGCGAAUUCCUCCUCACUGCGCACCCCGCCCUUGUGGCAGCAGGCACAGUAGCAGAAGACACGACGUCAGCAAUAUCGGGCGAGGGCGGGGCUCAGCUGCAAGAAGGGGAAGGUGCGACGCUAUUGUCAUCAUCGUCAUCAUCAUCAGCAGCAGCAGCGAGCGGGCCGCUCGGAGCGGGCGCUGAGGCUGUGGUAAUGCGGUCACUGCAGCGUGGCGGGGGCAGAAAGUUCUCCCAGCAUUACGUUGUGAAGUUCGAUGGCCGGUGGUUCAGCAGCAAUGCGGACGUUGGAAGGAUUGUGGGGCACUUCGUCGACUACCUGUACGAGCGCGCGGUGGUGGAGCCGCGGGUGCAUGUCGCACUGUUCUACCACGACCCGCCGAAGGAGUUCGCUGUGUUGCCGAACGGGCCGUUGCCGUUUCUGCCGCUGCGCUGCCUCAUUGAUACUGCGGUGUACAGCCGCAACCGCAUGCUGCGCUGCCUCGGCAGCUGCAAGCUGCACAAGACAAGCGUCCUCGCAGUGGAGGGUGUGCACGGCACAACACCCACUGCUGCUGGGGCGGCGGCGGCGUUAGCGGCCAACGACGUCGUGGCGCUCUUCUUCGCGUCCCUCGUAACCCUCCCAGUGGGCCGCCGCAGUGUGAUAUCUAUGCCGCCACCAUCUGUGACAUCAGCGGCAGCAGCAGGAGGAAGAGGAGUGCCACGCUACGGGGGUGCGCAGGGCGGCGGUCAUGGGGAUGGCAACGUGAGGACGUGUCUGCUGGAGGGCGCCGAUGGGGAGCGGUACCGCGCCCUCGCGGAGUAUGUGGCUCAGCAGUGGAGAGCCGUUGGUGGAGUGACGUGCAGCGCGAGUGGUGUGCGGCAGUGCGGCGAGCGGCACCUGCUGCUGCUGCUGGACGGCUCACGGUACUGCGGCAACGUGGGGCGCGAGCACCGCUCCAACCGCGUCUACAUCAUUGUCGACCUGCAACAGCGUGUGUGGGCGCAGAAGUGUUUUGACCCCGACUGCUGCGCGUACAGGGGCACGCCGCAGCCAAUUCCCGAUGGCGUACUGCCGCACGACCGGCACGACUGGACGGGCGAGACGACGGCCGCCGCACGCGCCACACACGCGGCGCUGCGCACAGCGUUCCAGCCGCCCGUCUAA